GGUUAUUGUGAAAUCACCUUCGCAAUGUCCAUUAAGAAAUGACAGAGUAAGAAAUUGCAGGAGGCUAUUAAUUCUCUUCGAUUUACUUCACGCUUGUGAUAUAUUGAUUCGCGCGGUCGACAUCCAGGAUUUCAACAUAUAAUAGGAAAAAAUCCUAUGUUUAAAAAGUUGACCACGUGACAACGAUUGCAAAACUGCCGUGUGUCGUGAGUUACUUAAUCAAAAUUUAAGCUAGGAAGAGCUGCGGCUAAAAGUGACAGUAUGAAGUGUUUCCUUGGGUUUAACAAGCUAGACCUCCGAAUUAACACCCCUGAAGAUGAGUGGGUGUUUAAGGAAGAGCCACACUCCUCCCGGCGACAGGAAAUCCUACGAAAAUAUCCGGAAAUCAAAAAACUGAUGGGAUAUGAUCCAACAAUAGCUUACAUAGUGACAGUCGAGGUUCUCAUUCAAAUCUUCAUGUGCUGGUUAUUGAAAGACUCCAACUGGGCUACAAUAUUCAUUCUAGCAUACUGUUUCGGGGGUGUCUUAAAUCAUUCAUUAGGUAGUGCUAUUCACGAAAUUGGCCAUAAUCUGGCCUUUGGACAUAGUCGACCUUGGGCCAACCGACUUCUUAGCAUUUGGUGUAAUUUGCCAAUUGUAGCUCCAAUGGCCAUAAGCUAUAAAAAGUACCAUGCUGAUCAUCACCGGUACUUAGGUGAAGAAAACCAGGAUGUUGAUAUUCCUACGCGACUGGAAAGUUUCUUAUUCCGCCACCCAAUCACAAAAAUAUUGUGGCUCAUUACCCAUCCAAUCAUCCAUGCAAUCCGACCCUUUUACAAGAGUCCAAAACCUCUGACCGGUUGGGAGAUUAUUAACACUAUUUGUCAAAUGAUCUUUAAUGGACUUAUUCUGUAUUUCUUCGGCAUUAAGUCCUUAACCUACUUGUUAUCAGGGACUUUAAUGGCGCUUGGAUUCCAUCCUCUAGCUGGGCAUUUUAUUUCCGAACAUUAUCUGUUCCAUGGAAAACAGGCGACAACAUCGUACUACGGUCCGCUCAAUUUCAUUCUAUUUAACGUUGGUUAUCAUAUUGAACACCACGAUUUCCCAUAUAUUCCCCAUACUCGUCUUCCGGAAGUGAGAAAAAUCGCGGCGGAAUAUUAUGACCACCCCUACCAUACAUCCUGGGUAAAGGUGCUGUGGGACUUCGUGUUUGACCGUGAGAUGGGACCCCACGCCCGAGGAGUGGGUUACAGAAAGGAAGAUGUCAAAGAGGAAUAGUGAAAUAAAUAUAUUAUUGCAUAUGUGAGUAAAGUUUAUGAAGGAUGACUGACAAUUUCGUACUUUCUACUGUUUCUAGCGUAACUGUACAAAGUGUACUUUUUCUAGCGUAACUGUACAAAGUGUACCUGUGUAAAUCAGUGUUUUGCUUGCUUGUUAUUGGAACUUUGUUGGUUAUGACUGUUGUGGUUUCUUGGACAAUUCUUUCGUAUUAUCGUUCAAAAUUUACUGAAUAUUUAUUUUCAAAUAAACUUAUUGCACUACAA